UGCCACAUAUCAGUGCCCAUCAGUGCCACCUAUCAAUGCCAAUCAGUGCCACCUAUCAAUGCCAAUCAGUUCCACCUAUCAGUGCUGCCAAUCAGUGCCACCUAUCAGUGCCAGUCAGUGCCGCCUAUCAGUGCCAGUCAGUCCCGCCUAACAGUGCCAGUCAGUGCUGCCUAACAGUGCCAGUCAGUGCCUAUCAGUGCCGUCUAUCAGUGCCAUAUAUCAGUGUCAUGUAUCAGUGUCAUGUAUCAGUGCUGCCUUUCAGUACCCAUCAGUGAUGCCU